AUUCAUGAAGAAGAGGAUGAUGGGGGAUAGAAAGAAAGACGGAAGAAAUGGGAAGAAAUCGAAGACGACGGAGACGAAUUGGCCUGUCAUUAAACCCAAGUCUAAUCUCCGUAUCACUCGCCUAAAAGAUUACGAUCUCUUUACUGUGCAGAAUUUCUUAACAGCUGCUGAAUCAAAGGCAUUUGUAAAAGCCGCAGAAUCGAUUGGGUUUGUUCACCAAGGGAGUCUUGGACCAACAAAAGGUGAAGCUUAUAGAGACAACGAUCGUAUUGCUGUAAAUGAUCCUGUUCUUGCUGAUACAUUAUGGGAAUCUGGACUUGGCAAGCUAUUAUCUGAUCUUACUAUUAGGGGCAAAGUUGCUGUUGGGUUAAACCCAAAUAUUAGACUUUACAGGUACAAGGUUGGUCAACAUUUUGGUCGACAUAUUGAUGAAAGUGUCGAUCUUGGAGAUGGAAAACACACCCAUUAUACUUUACUAAUAUAUCUUAAUGGUGAUGUUGACUCCAAACAUCAAUCUGAUAUGAACAGUUCAGAUGACUCCUCUGAAUCUCUGGUUGGAGGUGAAACUGUCUUUUAUGGUCCACGAAAUAGCAUUGUAGCCGAGGUGACUCCAACUCAAGGAAUGGCCCUCUUCCACAUCCAUGGAGCCAAGUGUAUGCUACAUGAAGCACGCAAUGUUAGAAAAGGUGCCAAGUAUAUUUUAAGAUCAGAUGUUGCUUUUGCAUGAUGACUGUCAAGCAUGGUUAAACAGGAUUUAGAGUUCACAUGUUCAAAGGUGUGAUUUUCAACGAUCUGUCGCUGUUGCUUACGGAGUUGAAGGAAGUUUGUAAUGGAAGUAGCAAUGGAGACAUGGUGGAAUUGUGGAGUUGCAGGUGUGAAAAAAGACAGUUAAGAUGUAGCAAUCGGUUAGAAGGUCAGACGGGACAGCUGGUAAAAGAUGGAGUACUUGUACGUCUUGUACUUUGCUGAUCUUUUGUAAACAAGAGAACUCGAAUGUCAUCCUCAUGUACUUGUUUUUU